CUCCGUAAUGGAAAGUAGCUCCAAAUUCCGCAAAAUACCGCCUUCUCCCGCUCUUCUCGUUGUGCGUCGGUGUUCAUUCCGUUGAAAAAAAAAUACAGAACAUCAUAACGAAACGCUUGCUCUGUUAAUUUUUCAUCAUUAUAACUGCAUGAAGAAUGAUUCUAAAUGGAGUAGCAAGGAACUACCGACUCUGAAGACGCUUGAAGUUGAGCUGUUACUCUGUCAAUUGAUCAAAGAAUUGCAAACUCGUUAAAAAUGAGUACGGAGAAUGGAGGCGGCGAUGCCGCUAAGAAGAAGACCAUCGAGGGAAUUUACCAGAAGAAAUCCCAACUGGAGCACAUUCUCCUUCGUCCCGAUACAUACAUCGGCUCAGUUGAAUUUGUCCAAGAGCAAAUGUGGGUAUUCGACAAAGAAAAACAGACGAUGGUACAGCGUGAAAUUAAGUACGUUCCCGGUCUCUACAAAAUAUUCGACGAAAUACUGGUGAAUGCUGCUGAUAACAAGCAACGGGAUCCAAACAUGAAUACAAUCAAGAUUGAUAUUGACGCUGAAAACAAUACAAUUUCGGUUUGGAACAAUGGAAAGGGUAUUCCGGUUGCUAUUCACAAAGAGGAGAACAUGUACGUUCCCACCAUGAUUUUUGGACAUCUUCUGACCUCUUCAAACUACGAUGAUGAAGAAGAAAAGGUCACUGGAGGCCGUAACGGUUAUGGUGCUAAGCUCUGCAAUAUAUUUUCACAUCGUUUCACCGUCGAGACAGCAUCAAAAGAAUACAAGAAGUCGUUGAAACAAACUUGGGGAAAUAACAUGGGAAAGGCAUCAGAGCCGCGAAUAAAAGAAUUUGUUGGUGAGGACUUCACCAAAGUGACAUUUUCCCCAGACUUGAAGAAAUUUAAAAUGGAUAAAUUGGACGAUGACAUUGUUGCUCUGAUGUCUAGAAGAGCUUACGAUGUUGCUGCAUCUAGUAGAGGAGUAAAAGUCUUCUUAAAUGGCCUAAAAAUUCCAGUCAAAUCGUUCAAAGAUUAUGUUGACUUAUAUGUCGCUGGCAGAGAGGACGAUGCUGGAAAUCCUCUGAAAAUCGCUUACGAAAACUGCGGUCUUCGCUGGGAAGUUGCUGUAACACUUUCUGACAAGGGUUUUCAGCAAAUGUCUUUUGUGAAUUCAAUCGCUACAACUAAAGGAGGAAGACAUGUCGAUCAUGUGACUGAUUUAGUCGUCAAAAAUCUAUUGGAAACUUUGAAGAAGAAAAAUAAGGGAGGAAUUACCAUCAAACCUUUCCAAAUAAAAAAUCAUCUCUGGGUCUUCAUCAAUUGUUUGAUCAAUAAUCCAACAUUUGACUCUCAGACUAAAGAAAAUAUGACACUUCAAGCUAAAUCUUUCGGAUCAAAGUGUGUAAUCACUGAAAAAUUUGUGAAUACAGUAACGAAAAUUGGAAUUGUGGAGUCAGUUUUGUCGUGGGCGAAGUUCAAGGCGGAUUCUCAAUUGCAAAAAUUGGGACCUAAGUCGAAGCAGAGGAAGUUACAGGGAAUUCCAAAGCUUGAAGAUGCUAAUGAUGCUGGAACUAAUAAGUCUAUGAGCUGCACUCUCAUUCUGACUGAGGGAGACUCAGCCAAAUCUAUGGCAGUGUCUGGAGUUGGAUUAAUUGGUCGCGAUAAGUAUGGAAUAUUUCCACUCAAGGGUAAAAUUCUCAAUGUUCGAGAGGCUACACACAAGCAAAUCCUUGAAAAUGCUGAGAUUAACAACUUGAUCAAAAUUCUGGGCUUACAGUACAAGAAAAAAUACGAAACAGAUGACGAUAUGAAAACGCUGAGGUAUGGAAAAGUGAUGAUUAUGACUGAUCAGGAUCAGGAUGGUUCUCAUAUCAAGGGCCUUUUAAUAAAUUUCAUUCAUCACAAUUGGCCAUCACUUCUUCGUCGUAAUUUUGUGGAGGAAUUUAUUACUCCAAUUGUAAAAGCAACAAAAGGAUCUCAAGUAUUAUCAUUUUACUCAUUACCUGAGUUUGAAGAAUGGAAAAAAGAGACGGAAAAUUUUCACAAAUACAAUGUAAAGUACUACAAAGGUUUGGGUACUUCUACUGCUAAAGAAGCUAAAGAGUAUUUUUCAGACAUGGCAAGGCAUAGAAUCAGAUUCAGAUACGAUGGUGAACAAGACGAUCAGAAUAUCAUAAUGGCUUUCAGUAAGAAGUGCGUAGAUCAGAGAAAAGAUUGGCUAACAAAUCAUAUGGAUGAGGUGAAGAGGAGAAAGGAGGUCGGACUUGGCGAGAGAUUUCUUUAUCAAAAAGACACUCGUGCUGUUACAUUCUCGGAUUUUGUCAAUGUUGAGUUGGUGCUUUUCAGUAAUUAUGAUAAUGUUAGAUCUAUUCCAAGCAUGGUUGAUGGUUUAAAACCUGGCCAGAGAAAGGUAAUGUUCACAUGUUUCUGGAGAAAAGAUAAAAGGGAAGUGAAGGUAGCACAAUUGAGUGGUUCUGUUGCUGAACACUCUGCCUACCAUCAUGGUGAAAUGUCCCUACAGGCAACCAUUGUCAAUCUCGCCCAGAAUUUUGUUGGUAGUAAUAACAUCAAUCUCUUGAUGCCAAAUGGUCAGUUCGGUACCAGAGCACAAGGUGGAAAAGAUUGCGCUAGUGCGAGGUAUAUUUACACACAACUCAGUCCACUAGCAAGAUUUAUCUUCCAUAAACAUGAUGAUGCUGUACUCAGGCAUGAGUAUGAUGACAAUCAGAAGGUUGAGCCUGUUUACUAUGUACCCGUUAUACCAAUGGUAUUGGUUAAUGGAGCUGAUGGUAUUGGAACCGGCUGGAUGACAAAAAUUCCUAAUUAUAAUCCAAGAGAGAUUAUUGAGAAUUUGUACAGAAUGAUGGACGGUGGUGAGCCGAAACCCAUGAUACCUUUCUACAAAAAUUUCAAAGGAACUAUUGAGAGAUGUGGAGACUACAGAUACGUAAUCUAUGGUGAAAUAUCAAUAAUUGCUCCUGAUAAAGUAGAAAUUACAGAGCUACCUGUUGGUUGUUGGACGCAGACUUAUAAAGAGACUGUUCUCGAGCCCAUGCUUCAAGGAACAGAUAAAACACCUGCAUUGAUUACUGAUUUCAAAGAGUAUCAUACAGACGUUGAUGUUAAAUUUAUUGUGACUCUGAAUCGGGACAAACUUCAAGAACUCGAAAAAGAAGGUCUUCACAAGGCUUUUAAACUUCAGACGACAACAUCAAUAACUUCAAUGUGCGCUUUCGAUGAUGCUCAAUGCCUCCAAAAAUACGAUUCUGUUUUGCAAAUUUUAAGAGGUUUUUAUAAAGUGCGAUUGGAGACCUACCAAAAGAGAAAAGAUUAUCUUGAAGGAAUGCUCAAGGCCGAAGCAUCGAAACUCAGCAAUCAAGCCAGAUUUAUUGUGGAAAAAUGCGAUGGUGAUCUUAUUAUUGAGAAUAAGAAGAAGAAGGACAUGAUUGCGGAACUCAUUAGAAGGAAUUACGAUUCUGAUCCACUUAUUGCAUGGAAAUUGGCACAGAAUAGGGUAGAAGCUUUGGAAGAGGUAGCGCAGGACCAAGAAGAGGAUGAGCCAGCAUCAGCGGCUACCAUGGAGAAAGAUAACUACGACUACCUGUUGGGAAUGACGAUGUGGUCUCUGACGAAAGAACGAAAAGAUGAACUUUUGAAACAACGGGACUUAAAAGUUGCUGAGUUACAUCGUUUACAGGCGAGAACACCUAUGAGUCUCUGGAAAGAGGAUCUCGACGCUCUCUUAGCGGAACUCGAUCGAGUUGAAGCUAAGGAACGUAAAGAUGAAGAGAAGCCCAAGGAAAAAACAAAGAAAGCUGCUGCUAAGCCACUCUAUAAAGUAGAAAAUUCUCGUCGUAUCAUUCCCACAAUUGACAGUGAUCUCAAAAAACGUAUUGAGAAAGCAGACACUCUGAGCAAGGACAAGAAGGAAGGAAUAAAGAAGGCUCCACGUGUGAAGAAAGAGAAAGACACUGGAAAAGAGGACAAAGAUGAGUUUGAUGCUCUUGUAGAGUCAAACGCAAAGUCACUGGAGGAUAGACUAGGAACGAGCCCAGAUAAACUUGAUAAAAAGAAGAAAAAAGGUGGUGGGAAACAAACAACACUACCCUUCAAACCUAUUGAGAAAAAGAAGAAGAAAAAAUCAAGAGGAAGUGACGAAAGCGAUGGGAGUGAUCCAGACAUUGAUUUCGACACUUUAUCACCACCUCCACUACCUAGAACUCCAAGACGAGCAGCUGCUACGAAGAAAAAGUAUAAUUUAGAUAGUGAAGCGGAAGACGGGAGUGAUGUAGAUUUAUUGAGUGACGAUGAGGAUAAAAAACCUUCGUCUGCUUCAUCUUCAGCGCCUUCAGUGCAUCCAGCACUUUCAGCUGGUAAAGGUAAUGAUACUGAUUCGGAAGAUGAUUUUAAAUUUGAUAAGAAAAAUCCCACACCCAAACCAAGCUCUGAGGAGCUUUUUGAUUCGUUAGUUGGUAAUUCACCUCUUAAAUCUAGUGGAGAUAAAACAGUGAGCUCGAAUGAAGAUUCGCCUAUCAUUAAACCACCGGCAAAGAAGGGAAAAGCAACGGGCGGAAAGAAAAAAGAGAAUGGAGGACCUAAAGGAGUGAAGAGGCCUAUGAAGAAGAGUAAUUCAUCUGAUGAGAGUGAUGAUGAUAUUUACGAGGCAAGAGGGAAGAAGAAGGUGAAGAAAAAUGAGAGUAUUGAUGAUAGUGUUGUGGAAGAUUCUCCACCACCGAGAAAGCCUGGAGGAAGAGCCAGAAAGACAGUUUCCUAUGCUGUGGACUCAGAUGACUCAGAUUGAAACAUUUAGGAUUAAGUAGAGUUACAAGAGGUUAUUGUUUUUUGUCAAUAUUCUAGGAAAUUAAUUUUCAUUGAAAAAUUUUUCGAACGUUUCUCUCUGAACCUAUUGGCUUCACAAAUAUUGACAAAAUACAUCAACCAGAACUAGAUUGUAGAGCUGUUUGAGCUCUCACUUUACUAGUGAUUCAACAGUUUAUGGUCCCCACGAGCUUUCGAUAAGUCUUUGUGGUAAUUAGUCUGUAAUUCAUUAAUGUGUAGGUAAACUGCAACAUUUUUUAAUGAUUCAUAGGUAAAUGAAAUUAUCCAAUCAUCUGUGAAAUUGUUCUGAGAUCCAAAGUACUUGUCUGAAAUUUCCUGAAGUUAAACUAAGGACUUCUUGAUUCUCACUUGAUAAUUUUAGACAGUCAAAAAAUGAGAAUUGAACAUUUUUUUUUCACCUGGUUUUUUAAUUGAUUUGCUUCCCUACGAAAUAACUUUUCCAACCCAAUGAUUUUAUAUGUGAAUUAUUUUUUUUCGUCUUGUUUCCGAGUUGUACAGUAAACAUGAUUAAUCUAGACUACGUAUUAGAGUAAUUAGAAGUGAGUGGAAGGGAAAAUGCACAUGAACGUUAUUUGAUAAUUUUUCAUUCUCUCACGUUCAAUUAACAAAACUGACAAUUUUCAUGCAAUUAUAUGUACUUUUUACAUUGUCAUUACAACGAGACUCAUUCCAAGGCAUUGAAAAUUAAUAGAAUAAGAAUAAUACACAUUGCUAAGAGUGCAACUGGGUCGCUAGAAUUUUGUUAAUUUACUGAUGUGAAUGGAUUUUAUGUGAAGAAAAUAAUGGAAAUUCAAUGAUGGUGUGAUGAAAAAUAAGUUAUUUUGAUAGCAUUAACAGAAUACGUGAAGAAACCUUUUUUAGUGAAAUCAGUUCAGCUGAAAUUUUCAGAAAUCAUAAAUAAUCAUUAUGUGUAAGUCUCUGAAUGGAUAACACUCACCUGACAUUUUUAACUACCCCGUGUCUCACAUUGGUCCGAUGAGUAAGAAAAUUGUGCGAAUGAGUAUGAAUAUUAAAUUGAAAAAUUAAUGUUUGAAUAAAAAAUAUGAAUCAAUA